GAAAGAGAGAAUCGAAAGAAGAGGAAGGGGAAAAAAUAGGAAGAAGAGGAAAAGGAGGAAGAAAGGGAAAAGCCUCCCUCGGUUUUUCUGAGUCACUCGAAGAGGAGAAUCUCGCGCGACUCGGCACACCCGCCCGUCUCGAUGAGAUUCGAACAAGACACAGCGUGCAGGGGUACCCACUGCGCCAGCACUCCGCAACCCUCCGCGCUGCAGCAGCGAUCACGGAUCGAGGAGGUGGUCGAGGAGGAGGUGGACUCCUCCUUGAAGGACAUAGACGUAGGCCAACGGCGUAGACGAGAAUUGGAGGCUAACGUGGUCGAGGGUGCGAACACGGGGCCGAGGGCCGAGGCGGGGGGGCCUGGGAUGGCGAAAGGGAUCCUCAGCGGCACCCAUCAUCAUCCGCAUCUUAACCCCCACGGUAUCACGCCGCCAGGUUUAGGCUUGGGUCCGCACACGCCCGAGGAAGCAGCCGUCCUGGCGGCAGCGGCGGCAGCGUUGCACCAUCAUCAUCAAGGCGGUCCUGGUGGACCAGCGAUGAGGCCGCUCAGGCCCCCCUUACCCCCGGGGAUGCUGCACACCUCGCCACACCCUCUGGCGCCGCACCACCCCGUCGUGGACGAUCCCAAGGUGACCCUCGAGGGGAAAGAGCUUUGGGAGAAGUUCCACAAACUCGGCACGGAAAUGGUCAUCACAAAGAGCGGCCGGCAGAUGUUCCCUCAAAUGAAGUUCCGAGUUUCCGGAUUGGACGCGAAGGCCAAGUAUAUCCUCCUGCUGGACAUCGUCGCCGCGGAUGACUACAGAUACAAGUUCCACAACAGCAGGUGGAUGGUUGCGGGGAAGGCCGACCCGGAAAUGCCGAAGAGGAUGUACAUCCACCCGGAUUCGCCGAGCAGCGGUGAGCAAUGGAUGCAGAAGGUCGUGAGCUUCCACAAGCUCAAACUCACUAACAACAUCAGCGACAAGCACGGCUUUGUAAGUACUACGAUAUUGAACUCGAUGCACAAGUAUCAGCCAAGGUUUCACCUGGUGCGGGCCAACGACAUCUUGAAGCUUCCCUACUCCACGUUCAGGAGUUACGUUUUCAAGGAGACGGAAUUCAUCGCGGUCACCGCCUAUCAGAACGAGAAGAUCACCCAAUUGAAGAUCGACAACAAUCCGUUUGCGAAGGGAUUCCGGGACACGGGGGCGGGGAAACGCGAGAAAAAGUAAGUAUCGCUUUCAAAAUUUCAUCCAAAGAUAUUAUA